AUGAACCGAGGACCCUUUUCUUUGGUUGUGCCUCACCACCAACAACAGAUGAGAAACCACAACAGCAACACCACCACCACUAAAACCCUCUUCACGUUAAUGGCGAUGUACAGUCAACAAACACCAAUGACGAACAACACAACAUCGACGGCCAACGAACAACAGCAACAACCACCAAUCACCAACGUUGACUACCAACGAUCAACAACAACAACCAACAAUCAGAUCACACUAGUCGAAUACACCAAUCGACUGCCACCAACAAUCAGACCACACCAGUCGACGGCCAAUGAUCAGACCAAACCAGUCGAAUACAACGUCGACUGCCACCAACGUCGACUACCACCACUACCAGAGAAAACAACCAACGUUGACCAGCACAACACAACACCACCACCACGACGAUGA